GCUCCCCUCAGCUCCUAGGGAAUGUGGUCGGCCUCUGUGCGAGAGUGAGUCAGACUCCGGGCGGCGCUGCCAAACAAUCCGCCAGCGGGAGUAAACCAUUCAUCAGCAAAAAAAAAUAAAAGGAGCAGGGAAUCGGCGGGGCGGAGAUUCAUCCCGGGGAAAAGCUCAGUCGGAGUCCGCCCCAGCUUCACUCACAUCCCGCAGCGCUGCUUGGAGCGAGCCCGGGAACUCCGUGUUGUGAACCGGCAAGGGAAGAAGAGGGAGAGCGGCCGAUCGCACUCGGUCCUUGGUACCGGGGAGGCGGCGAGGAUUGCGGCCGGAACACUGCCACCAUGGCCGGCUAUGUGCCGGGUCAGAUACCGACCACCUUCGCCGAGGAGAAGGAGUAUGUUCAGGCCUACGAGGACGUUUUGGAGAGAUACAAAGAUGAGCGUGACAGAGUGCAGAAAAAGACGUUCACAAAAUGGAUCAACAAACAUCUUAUAAAGGUACGGAAGCACAUAAAUGAUCUUUAUGAAGAUCUACGCGAUGGACAUAACUUAAUCUCCCUCUUGGAGGUCCUCUCUGGAGCGACUCUGCCUCGUGAGAAAGGCCGCAUGCGUUUCCACAGGUUACAGAAUGUACAAAUUGCACUUGACUACUUAAAGCAACGACAGGUGAAAUUAGUAAAUAUUAGAAACGAUGACAUUACUGAUGGAAAUCCUAAACUAACACUUGGUUUAAUUUGGACCAUAAUUCUACAUUUUCAGAUCUCCGAGAUCUAUGUGAGUGGAGAAUCGGGUGACAUGUCAGCUAAAGAAAAGCUACUACUUUGGACACAGAAAUUGACAGAAGGUUACAGUGGGUUAAAGUGCUCCAAUUUCACAUCCAGCUGGAGUGAUGGAAAAGUAUUCAAUGCUAUCAUCCAUAAAUACAGACCAGACCUCAUUGACAUGGAGAAAGUUUCACUUCAGAGCAAUCAGGAGAAUCUGGAGCAAGCCUUUGCAGUUGCUGAAGCACUUGGUGUGACAAGACUGUUGGAUCCAGAAGAUGUUGAUGUUCCAUCUCCUGAUGAGAAGUCAGUCCUAACCUAUGUCUCCUCCAUCUAUGAAUCAUUCCCUAAGGUCCCAGAAGGAGGUGAAGGUAUUAGUGCAAAUGAUGUUGAUUCCAAAUGGCAGGAAUACCAGAAUAAAGUAAACUACCUCUUCCAGUGGAUCAGACAGCACAUCAUACUUAUGUCUGAUAAAGCUUUUCCACACAAUCCUGUAGAACUUAAGGCACUUUAUAACCAAUAUGUACAUUUUAAAGAAACAGAGAUACCAGCAAAAGAAGCAGAAAAGGCACAAAUACAACAUUUAUAUAAAUUAUUUGAGGUUUGGAUAGAGUUUGGUCGAAUUUUGCUUCCCCAAGGAUACCACCCGAAUGAUGUAGAAGAAGAAUGGGGCAAACUGAUCAUUGAAAUGUUAGAGCGAGAGAAGGCCCUCAGACCUGCAGUAGAAAGGCUAGAACUGCUGCUGCAGAUUGCCAACAAGAUCCAAAAUGGAGCUUUAAACUGCGAGGAAAAAUUGACAUUGGCUAAAAAUACCCUGCAAGCGGAUGCUGCUCACUUGGAGUCAUGCCAGCAGGUUCAAUAUGAAACUGAGGUGGUUAUGUACUUAGAGGAGUGUGAGCGAUUAAUGCGACAGCUGCAAAUUGACGUGCAGAUUCUCCGGGAUGAGAAAUAUUAUCAGGUAGAACAGAUUAUUAUGAGAAUUAUUAAACUACAGGAUGAGCUGUUGGCAUUGAGGCUUGAAUGCACAAACCUGUACAGAAAAGGACAUUUCAUCUCCUCCACAGAGCAUUUACAACCUUUGAACUUGACUGUCACUGACUUAACAACUGAUGUUAGUUCAGGCACUUUGCACAUCACCUCCCUCACAGGGUUUAAAAAACCCAUGACAAGAUCGGAAUUGAUUGCAGUCUCUUCAACACAAGAUGAAGGAAGCCUGAGAUUUGUGUAUGAGCUUUUGGCUUGGGUGGAGGAAGUACAGGUAAGACUUGACCGGGCUGAAUGGGGCACUGAUUUACCGAGUGUAGAGACACAGCUCCAUACCCACAAGACAAUCCACACUGUCAUAGAAGAACUGGAAUCUAGUCUUAAGGAAGCUAAAAUUUAUGAGGGCCAAAUCUCUUCCAACUUUAAGACCAGUUAUUCAGACACAUUGAGUAAACUGGAGUUACAAUACCUCAAACUACUGGAAACCUCAAGAUUGCGUAUGAAACACCUGAUCAGCUUGCACAAUUUUGUAUCAGAAGUGACAUCAGAGCUCAUCUGGCUGAAUGAAAAAGAGGAAGAAGAAUUAGCUUAUGACUGGAGUGACAGUAAUACAAAUAUUACUGCAAAGAAAGAAUAUUUCAUUGAACUGAAGAAAGAACUGGAGCAAAAACAGAAGGUUAUCAAAUCCCACCAGGAGACUGGAGAACAUCUUUCACUGAAGAACCAUCCAGCCAGACAGACAGUUGAGGCAUACAGUGCAGCACUUAAGACACAAUGGCACUGGAUCAAACAGCUGUGUUGCUGUGUGGAACAACAUGUGAAAGAUAAUGCUGCUUACUUCCAGUUUUUAAGUGAUAUUAAAGAAGCAGAACAAUAUCUACGGAACCUACAAGAGACAGUAAAGAGAAAAUAUAAGUGCGACCGGACCAGUGGCCUGUCAAAACUGGAGGAUCUACUUCAAGAUUCCAUGGACGAAAAGGAACAGCUGAUCAAGUAUAAGAGUUCUAUAGCAAGUCUUGUUGGAAGAGCAAAAACAAUCGUUCAGUUGAAACCAAGAAAUCCAGAUAAUGCCAUAAAAGCCACUAUCCCUAUCAAGGCUAUCUGUGACUACAGGCAGAUUGAGAUUACUGUCUGUAAGAAUGAUGAGUGCGUUCUGGAGGAUAACUCUCACCGAACCAAGUGGAAGGUUAUCAGUCCCACCGGGAAUGAGGCAAUGGUUCCAUCUGUCUGUUUCACAAUCCCUGCACCCAACCAAGAAGCCAUUGACACUGGCAGCAGAGUUGAACAAAUGUAUCAGAAUGUUAUGGCUCUGUGGCACCAGCUACACAUUAACAUGAAAAGUGUUGUGUCCUGGAACUAUCUAGUGAAAGACAUUGAAACCAUUCACUCUUGGAACAAAGAAACCUUUAAAACUCUGAAAACAAAUGAGCAGUCACAAGUCAUGAAAAACCUCCAAAUGCAUUAUGAGGAUUUCCUUGAGGACAGCCAGGAGUCUCAGGUCUUUUCCAUUGCAGACAGACUACGAUUAGAGGAAGAGGUGGAUAACUGUAAGGAGCAUUUUGAGAAGCUACUGGUAUCCAUGGAAACAGAGGAGAAGGAUGAGACACUGAGUAAAAUGUACAUCACCGAGCUGCAAAACAUCUGCCUGCAUCUGGAAAAGUAUAAAGACCGAUUAAUACGGAAGCUUCAGGCCUCAGUAGAAGGGGAUGCCGUGCAAGAUAGUGCCUUCAGAAUCGUUGAACAAGAGCACAUGCAGCAGGAACUAGAUGGAUUGAAAUCUGAUUUGAAUCAGGUGACGAAGAAAUGUGAAAGUUUCUUCUACCAGUCUCCCUCUGCAGCUAGUAUCCCAGCGCUGCAUUCUGAGGUGGACUUAGUGGUACAGAAAAUGAAUCAAGUACAUUCAUUGUCCUCCAUCUACAUGGACAAGCUGAAAACAGUGGAUGUCCUGUUGAAAACCAGUCAAGGAGCUGAGAUGUGCAUUAAAAUGUACGAAAUGAAGCUGUGUGAGGAAGAUGCAGUACCUGUAGACCAGGAGGCUAUUGAAGGACACAGAACCCAAUUACAGCAAUGGCUUCAUGAUGUGAAUGAUAAACAGGAUUUGUUUUCCUCCUUGGAAGAGGAAAUGCAGCAAGCAAAUGCUGUUGGUGAACAUCUCUUCCAGCUACACAAUGAACGCAACUUGGAUUUGGAACGAUAUCAAGAAAGGGCAGCACAACUGAAAGAUCGAUGGCGAAACAUCCGUUCACAGAUUGAGACCAGAGAAUCUGAAUUGGAAAACAUUGAAGAGUUGUUAAAGAAUUACAGAGGCUGCCAUCAGUUACUGAUUGAUUGGAUCGAGGAAACAACUGCACAGCAAGAGAAGAUGGAGCCAGGCAAGGCUGAAGACACCAGAAUCCUGUCACAACAACUUAGUCAACAAACGGCAUUGGUUGCUGAGAUUGAAAAGAAUCAAUCUAAACUAGAUGAAUGCCAAAAUCUGUCUAAACAGUACUCCAUCUCUGUAAAGGAUUAUGAAUUGCAGUUGAUGACCUACAGAGCUUUUGUUGAAUCCCACCAAAAAUCACCUGCAAAGCGCCGGAGAAUGCAUUCGUCAUCAGAUGUCAUAACCCAAGAGUUCAUGGACCUUCGAACCCGAUACACAGCAUUAGUGACCCUAACAACCCAACAUGUGAAGUACAUCAGUGAUGCUUUAAGGCGACUAGAGGAGGAGGAGAAAUUUGUUGAGGAGGAGAAACAUGAGCGUGUUGAAAAAAUGAAUGAGCUCCUAGGCUGGGUUUUUGACACGAGUCAUGUGCUAAAAAACAGGAACACUGUACCAGAAGAGGGAGACCUGGGAGCCAUUGAACAAUCAUUUUGUGAACAGCAGGCAAUUACUGAAGAACUCAAUGCCAAGAAAGAUCAAAUAGCGGAAGUGAUCAAAACAACACAGAUUUUUCUUGCAAAACAUGGGAACAGGAUGUCUCUGGAAGAACAGCAGCAGGUUACAUCGCAGUUGAACACGCUAAAAGAAACGUAUGGUCAACUGUGUGAGCAGUCUGCAGAACAGCUCCAACAACUACAGAAUAAACUCACUCAGGAAGUGCAACGCAAGGAGAAUGAAACAAUUGCAGGUGUGAUUGACCUGGGAACAGUAGAAAUGUUUUCAAUUUUCCAUGCCAUGCAGAAGGGCUUUAUAGACCAGGACACAGGGCUCACUCUACUGCAAAUUCAAGUAAUUAAUUCUGGCCUCAUAACCCCUGAAACAAGUGAAAGCCUAACAGUGGAAAAAGCUUUAGAAAGGGGAGCAAUAGAUGACCGAAUAGCUAAAUCUUUGAAAGAACUGGAGACUGCCAUACAGCUGAUGAAAAGCAUGAGCUUUAAAAAUAAGAAGCUCUUGCCUGUUGCUGCUGCUGUUGAAGAGAAGAAAAUUGAAGAGGAUGUGGGGUUGAAGAUUUUAGAGACACAGCUUAGCAAUGGUGGUCUUCGUGACCUAUCAACAGAUGAAGCUAUGGAUUUGGAAAAGACAUUCCAACAGGGCCUGAUCAGCGCUACUCUUCACUCUAAGCUGAAGACUAGACAAAGAAUGCGAAAAUGUCUGAUUGAUCCAAACACAGGAGAAAAGCUCAGUCUUUCAGAACUGAUGCAACGGUGCAUUAUAGAUAAAGAAACUGGAUUGACGUUAUUUCCAAUAAAGCAACUUGCUGGUGGAAUGGUGUGUCUGAAAUCAGGUAGGAAAGUUAGCAUAUUCCGUGCUAUCCAGGAAGGCCUGAUAGAUCAACAGGUGAUGGUCAGACUUUUGGAGGCCCAGCUCUUUGCAGGAGGCAUUGUAGAUCCCAGAACAGGGCACAGAUUGACAGUGGAUGAAGCAGUAAGACAUAAUUUAAUUGAUCAUGACAUAGCCUGUUCCAUAUUAAUUCGUCAGAUCCAGAUGGGUGGUGUUAUUGACCCUGUCUCAGGUCAGCGACUAACUCUGGAUGAAGCUGUGCAACGGGAUUUGAUGACCUCAAGAAGUGCACUGGUUGUACUGCAGUCCCAGUUGUCCUUUCAGGGACUGCUGUGGCCAGAAUCAGGUGAAGUCUUUCCUGUUGCCAAUGCAUUGCAACAAGGGCUUGUCUCCACAGAACUAGCACACAAAAUCCUGAAGAAGAGAGCCAAAAUAUCAGAACUUUAUGUCCCAGAAAUGGCUGAGGUGCUCUCCUGGGAAAAAGCUAUUGCACAUGGAAUUUUAGACUCCAAAGCUGCUGAGGUGUUAAAAUCUGUUCAUAUACCUGAUGCAAUACCAAAUAUGAAAGAACCAAGUACUCCAAGCAUGAACACAUUGAAUUGGAGGUCAGCUUGUGAAAGCUUGGCAAAUUCCAACCUGAAAUCCCUGGAUCCAGUUAAUAGGACUGAAACCUCUGAUAAUCAAAUAGCCGAGGAAAGGCUGUUGUCACAUUUAAUGGUGCAAAGUUACAUGAAUGUGCACAAUGGCAACAGGUUACUUUUGGUUGAUGGUAAAUUGAAUAACAUUGUGAAAGAAUUCAUAAAUGUAGCUGUGGUCGUGAAAGGUAAAGAUCCGUUAGAUGAAUGCAAUGGAAAAGAAUACAUUACAAUGGAAAUUAAUGAAUUGGAUGCUACUGACUCUGUUGAAAUAAACCAUCCAGAUAAUGCAAAGUUAGAGCACAGAUUAAAAGCAAGUAAUGAGAAGAAAGUUGAAGCUGUUCAUGGAAAACAUGAGACAAAGUCAUGUACACGGAUUAAGGAAACUGUAAUCAGCAAGAAAAUAACAGUCAAGAAGAAAAAGGAAUCCCCAGUCUUUCAAGAAGUAGAUAAUAAAACAGAAAUGCGUAGCAAGGAUGUUCUCCCAACUAAAACGCAACAAACAACUAAAAGAAAAAAGAAAACCAUAAAAUGUGACACUGAUGAAAAAGAAAAACUAAAACAAUCGCUGGGUAAAUCUAAGCCUGUCACCAGUGUAAUCAAUAAUGAAACAACUGUUGCUGACAAAUCUACAGAACUACAGAACAAAGCAACUACAUCUAGCAAAGAUACUGAACCUUCACUUUCUGCAGUAACUGACAUAAAAAUUCUAUCACAUUCUUGGAAUAAGGUUGACAUUGACAAAGGAACCAUAGACUUGCAAGCAGUUGGCCCAUUAACUAGUUCAGUAAUAGAUGUUACAACACCGACAGCUCAGGAGUCACUCCAAGAAUCUCGUAAUGAUUUAAUACUAAAAAGUAGAGCUAAAAUGAAUGAUGAAAAUGCUUCUUUGAUAAAUGUUAGCAGGAUUGAACCAAUAUUAUGUGAAGAUGGAAUUGAACAAGACAACUUGAAUGGGACAAUAAAAGGUAGGAUUGAAAAGCCGCCUAAUAGAGGGAAAACUUCUGAGCAAAAUUAUCUUGUUGAUGCUGCCCAGUACUCAAAACCUACAUUAAAUUCAGGUCCAACCAACGAAUAUUUUGAUGAGGAAUCUGCUUUAAAUUUUCUAAUUGGCCAGCUUCAAAGUGGUGGCAUCAUUGAUGAUCAGACGGGACAAAAACUAGCACUGAAUGAAGCAGUGGCCAAAGGAGUGCUGCAAAGCCACACUGCUCUCAAACUAAUGGAAAAACUGUGCAUCUUUAGUGGUUUCUUUGAUCCACAGACUUGUGAGACACUAACAGUGGCUGAGGCAGUAGAUGAAGGACUUGUGGAUGAACAGCUGAUUCAGAAGAUCUUCAACUCCGAGAAAGUUAUUUGUGGUGUAAUUGAUCCAGAUAGCUCUUCUGUACACUCAGUUAAAGAUGCAGCUGAAGUUGGUCUUCUGGAUCAAGAGACUGCAGCAAGAAUCCUAGAGGGACAGGUGGUUUCUGGUGGAAUCGUUGACUUAAAGCGAGGCAAACAAUUAUCAGUGACUUUAGCAUCAAAAAUGGGCUUAGUGGAUAAUGCACAUUUGGAUAAUUUGACCAAGCUCGAGAAGGCUACCAAAGGGAAAGAAUCUGAUGAAAACACAAAGCUGAAAAAGAUUUCUUUACAGAUGGAAAUGAAUGGCAUAGUGGAUCUACAAACAAAAGAACAUGUGACUAUUGUUGAAGCAAGAAAGCGUGGAAUCCUUGAUAAAGAAACCAUUCUUAAUGUUAUGAAAAAGCAGGUGGUUUUGGGGGGAAUUAAUCAUCAUGUCUCAGGAAUGAGACUUACUGUAACAGAUGCGAUUAAAUGCGGCCUGGUUGAUGAAGAUAUAGCUAGUGAAUUGAUUGAAGUAGAGAAAGCUUGUCAGCAUGCAUAUCUCCAUCCAAAGACAAUGCAGCCAAUCACUUUAUCUGAAGCAGCGUCAUUAGGCCUUGUGAAUUCACACUUUGCUUUGGAAGUGGAAGAGCUCCAAGCUUUAAGUGGAAGGUUCAAAGAACCUGUAACUUUAAAAAAUCUGUCAUUAACUCAAGCUGCAAAGCAAGGAAGGUUGGAAAAAUCUAUCAUGGAAAAGACAAUGAUUUCCCCUGAAUUGAAUGAAGGAAUUGUGGAUCCUGAACAGUGUAUGGUAAUACCUUACUCAGAGUUAAUAAAGAAAGGAAAAAUAGACAUGGAAUCUGGCCAGAGAUAUUUGGAGGUCAGAUAUUUUACGGGACUUGUAGAUGAACUGACUGGCAAGACCUUGUCUGUUGCUGAAUCAGUAAAAACAAUGAAAGUGGAUCCAGUGCCAGCUUUGCGAUUGCUACAAGCCCAAGCUGAUAGUGGUGGGAUUGUGGAUAGCACCACUGGUAACAGAAUGACUCUAGCAAAAGCUGCAGAAUGUGAGCUAUUAGAUGACAAUAUGCUUAAGAUUAUUGUUACCAAUCAGCUUUUGAGUGGAGGAAUACUUGAUGCACUAACUGGAGACAAAGUUCCACUUGCACAAGCAGCAAAAUGUGGUCUGAUAAGUCAAAAGGUGGCUGACGAAAUCAAAUCCAAUUUAGAUUUUGUUGGUGAAUAUACUGAUCCUGACCAGAGCAGUGCAGUGGACAUAGUAGAAAUAGUUAAGCCCAUUAUGGAGAAAACAUCUUUCCAGGAACUAUCUUCAAAUGAAGUGACCCAGAUGUUACCUCCAAGAACAGAUGAUGAAGACCAGUUGAGUGCUGAAAUUAGAACAGUCAGUUAUAAAGAUGAAGGACUUUUGUUCCCUGACGCCCGAGUGCCUAUGUCGCCUGAAUUACUGUCGAAUAAAAUGGCAGUUAUGAAAGAUUUAUUAUCUGUGACUCCUGUUGAUAAUACAGGUUCCCAUUGUCAGUCAGCCCCUUCUCAGAAAGCAUUAGCGUAUCCAAGCACGGAGAUAAAAUAUAGAGAUGCUGAGGAAGAAAUGGAGAUUUCUAAUGGUUCAGAGGAAUACUCAAACAUUAUGGAGAAAGAGCUGGCCAUUAUUUGUUUGGAAAUGAAUGAUUGUCAGAAAUUUGUGGAAGGAAAGGAUUAUAAUUCUGGAAAUGGAAUGCAAAGAUUAAUUUUUAAGAAUAUCGAAGGUAAGAGUGAUCAAGAAGUCUAUUUGGUGGAUCAUGAAAGUAAGGAACCCAAAUCAGAAGAAAGGGAGCAACUUAUUUUACAAAGUAUAAAUGAUCUUCCUAGUUAUGGGCAGAAGGAAAUUGAGGAAUUGGUAAAACAAAGAACAGAAGAUGAAAUAUCAAGAGGGAGAGUAUCUAUAAAUCAGAAAGAUAGAGAAACAUUUUUAAGAAAAACCAAGGAGACCAUUGAAAAGCAGGUUCAUGAAAGUUUAACUGAAGUGGAGAAGUUGUUUGUUGGAAUGGCAGCAAAUGUUGAGCACAAUGAAGAAUCAAAUGCAAAAGUUGAGGAACUGAAAAGUAUAGAGCAAAGUGGAAAAUUGGCAGGUAAAAUACUUGAUGAAGAUAAACUUUCCAGUGGUAGAAAAGGAGAAGUGGCUGUUGCGCCCACAGAAAGCAAAUUCCUAACUGAUGACAGUGUCAGUGAAAACUUGGCGAUGCUUUCAGAAUAUAAGCAACGAAGUCCAGAAUCAAAAGAAACAUUCGUCACAAAGCUAAGUGAAGGGGAAGGAUCAAUAACUGGUGCAAAAGAACAGGAAAACACUGAACCAGUAGAAAAACUGAAUAACGUUUUGGACCAGGAAGUUGCAUCUAAUUCUGAAGCAACUAAUAAGAGCGCUCCAGUGGACAAUGUUGAAAGUACCCAGCUGAUCAAUCAAGAUUCCCUGCAGAAACAAAUUGACGAACUAACAUCUAUGAACUUGAAUGAGCAAGGAGGAGCUAUCAACAAAGCUACCAGAAACAUUGAGGACAGAUCAGAAGAAAUGGAAGAAAAGCAGCUUGUUUAUAGUAAACAGCAAUGCCUGGAGCACGAUGAGAAUCUCGUCACUUACCUCUCUCUUGUACUGGAUGUUGAGGUCAGAUUGAAGCAGCAGCAGCCAGCUGGUACCAACCUUGCCAUGCUUCAUGAACAAUUCCGCUUGGCUGAGGAUUUUGAAGUGGAGCUGGAGGAGCUAUCUAUCCUGAUUGAUCAAGAGCUGGCAUCAGUCAAUAAGAUACUCGAAGGAUGCACAGAACAUGUGCCUAAACAGUUAUUGAAAGCACUUGAGAAAGACUCAAAAAACUUGCAAAUAUCAUUUACUUCUGUGCGUGAGGUGUCAAAAGCCUGGCAUGGAACUCUGACAAACACCCUGGCAACUGAGAAAUCUAAAAUAAUUACGGAGUACGAACAGCUCCAAAAGAAACAAGGAGCACUUAUGGAGUUGCUAAUUCAAACCACACAAUCUGUGUAUAAAAUAGAAUCUGAGACAUCAAAAGAUGUGAUGACUUUGAAACAGACUCUGCGACAAUAUAAGGAACUGAAACAAUCACUGUCACACACUAAAGCAGAUAUUGAUGAUGCAGCUUUUGAUAUUCAGUUCUUUAUUUCUGAACGUGCCCAAGACCUAACCCCUCAACAAAGCAGGCAGUUGCUUAAACUAUUAAAUGAGCUACAGAGAUCAUUCAGGGAAAUUUCUGAAAAAGUAGUGGCACGGGCAGAAGCAUUAGAUCUUCACCUUCAGGAUAAAGAGUCUGUGGAAUCCAAGAAGGCACAGCAAGAGCAACAAGAGGAAUGUAAGCAGAAACUGGAUGAGCUCAGUACAUGGCUGGCUCAGACAGCUGGCAGAGUAGCCAAUCACCAGGUGGCAGUCGGUGAGAGUGAUCUGCCUUCUCUUCAUCAGCAACAGUGUGUAAUUCAGGCAUUGCAAGAAGACAUGCAGUCACAUGCUGCUGCUGUAGAGGAUGUGACCAAAGCUACAGAACGUUUUUUGGAGGAUAAUCAGGGGAAGCUAGAUUCUGAUGAACUGGCAACAGUUGAAACAAAACUGCUGGAAGUAAAGGUUCAGCACCAAGUGUUGUGUCAAAGUGCUGAGACACUUCAGAAACAAAUAGACAGUGCCUUAACAAAAGCUGUUCAGCAGGAAACUGAAAAGGCAAAAACAGUUGAGGAAUUUGAAGAAAACAAAGUUAAAAUAGAUGGUCUUUUGGAGUGGCUUUCAGCCAUGGGACAGGAGGCAGCAUCGUGUUCUCAUCAUGUACUGCUUCAGGAGGAACUGAACUUAAAGCAUGAAGAUGAUGAAUUAGAUGCAUUAAAAAAUGAUUUACAACUGCAAGGCCAGAUUGAUGUAAUGAAUACUAUGGCUGAGAUGGGUGUAAGUCUGAGCCAGCAGCAACAGGCAUUAAAGGCCCGACAUGAAAAAUUGUUAUCACAACAGCAAGCUUUCAUAUUGGCGACACAGUCAGCUCAGUCCUUCCUGGACAAGCAUGGCCAUAACCUCUCACCAGAAGAGAGAGAGCGACUGCAGAGUAAUCUGAAUGAGCUGAAAGUACAGUUUGAGACAGCACUUUUGCAGGCAGAAACUCAACUGAAACAUGUUCAGGCCCUGCAAGAAGAACUCCAAAAAUUUCUAAAAGACCAUGGUGAAUUUGAGGCCUGGCUAAUCCAAUCUGAGAGUGAACUUGAAGAGAUAAAAGUUGGAGAGAUGGACACCGAUUCAUUACAAAUCAAACUGCAGAGACAGAAGAGUUUCUGUGAGGAUAUUAUUUCUCAUAAAGGGGAUUUAAGAUAUGUCACAAUCUCUGGACAAAAGGUCCUGGACACCGCAAAUGUCUUUGCCAAAACCAUUGCAAGUGAAAAUUUUAAGUCCCCAAUUGAUCCCUCUGCUACUAGCACACUAGUGAAGGACAAGUUGGAAGAUGCCAAAAACCGCUAUAGCACACUUCAUUCCAAAUGCAAUAAACUUGGUUCUCACCUGACCAACAUGUUGGAGAAAUACCAGCAUUUCCAAGAGAUUGCCAGUGGGCUGGAUUUGUGGCUAGAGAACUUAGAGACAACUGGAGACAAACUUCUGUCAGAAACAAUUUCUUCUGAUCCGCAAAGCCUGCAGAUGCAGCUUGAGAAUAUCAAGGUGCUUCAGGGAGAUUUAGCUGAACAUCAAGUCACUGUAGAAAAGUUACAGAAAGCAGCAAAAUCAUUACUAUCCUUGAAUGAUGACCUUAUUCCAAACCAGGAUCAAAUUCAACAAAGAACAGAUUCUAUCACACAGAGAUAUAAGAACUUGUCCCAGGUGGUGUCAGAGCGCAAUGAGAAGGUGCAAAUGUCAAUUGCUCAGUCCCAAAAUGUUCAGGAAGGCUUGGAUAACUUACUGGACUGGUUGGAAGACGUUGAAAAGAAUAUGAAAAAUCAGGAUAAUUUAUUAGUGUCAUCUGCUGCCAUACAAGACACCCUUGCCCAAAACACAAAAUUAAAACAGGAUAUCGCUAGCCAUCAAAGCAGCAUUAACACAAUCCAGGAAAUGGUUUGUGGUUUCAUUGAAAAUGCAGAUGGAGCAACUGCCUCCUCGCUCCAAGAGAAACUUGACCAGUUGAAUAGCCAAUUGGGAGCAGUGUGCAGUGAACAGCAGGAGAAGGAAGAGAAAUUGAGAAAACUGCUACCCAAAAUGGAGCAGUUUGAGAAACUGGUACAGGAGGUUGGACUGUUCAUGGAAAGCAAAUCUCAGAGCCUGGCAGCUGGAGGAGACCCAAAUAAAGACAUUGCUCAUUUUUCACAGAAAAUACUGGAGGAGAGCACAGAAAUGGUGAAGCAAAGAGGAGACCUACAGACUCUACAGCAACUGGCAGAGGAGCUGACAGCAUCUGGCACUUUGAUAGACAAGAAUCAGCUCAUGGAAACUAUCAAAGACUUAACCAGAGGAUACAAAAAACUAGAGCAAAAUGUUAAGAAGAGAGAGGAAGAGGCAUUAUCCUGCCAGCAGCAGCUGAGCGAGUUUGCAUCUCUAGUAGAGUCAAUCAGAAAUUGGUUAAAGGAAACGGAGUCUAAUGUACCAGCUUUUGAAUCAGCACUUAGUACAGACAUGCUCGAGAACCAGAUCCAACAAGUAAAGAUCCUGUUGGAGGAUUGGUCAUCAAAAUCUCCAAAGGUGCAAGAAAUAAAUCACAAAGGAACCGAGUUAGAAAGUCUCAUCAUGGAAAUAACAUCAUCUGACACUACUUUGUUGUCCAGUAAAACAGGUUCUGUAAUGAUGAAUGGUGGAGUGACUGCACCUAGUAUGAAUGGGUACCACAGAAACAAAGAACUUACAGAAAUUCAGCAGAAUGUCUCUGAUGUAAACCAUAAUUAUAAGACCCUGGGAAAUGUACUAAAGGAACGUCAGGACCACCUUUGGGCCACAAUUAACCAAAUGCAAGAGGUUCAAGAAGAAACCAAUUCUGUCAUGAAAUGGCUAGAGUUAAAAGAACAGACUUUGUCCAUGUUGACUUCAUCACCGGCCAAAACUCAAACAAUGAAAGCACAAGUGGAGCAAAACAAGGCUUUUCUUGUUGAGCUUGAACAGAAUUCUGGAAAGGUUGAGAAGCUGAAAGAGAUGUUAAAAGAUUUAUUGACAAAACAUCCAGAUUCCCCAGAGGCUAAGAAGUGGAUGGAAGUGCUAGAACAAAUAGAAUCAAAGUGGACUCAUGCCAAUCAGACAUUAACCGAGAGACAACAAAAACUUGAGGAAUCAGCUAACCUGCUCUCAAGUUUCCAGAGCUCGGAAUCACAGCUCAGUACGUGGCUAUCAGAGAAGGAAUUAAUGAUGAGUGUACUGGGUCCUCUAUCAAUUGAUCCAAAUAUGCUACAUGCUCAGAAACAACAAGUGCAGUUCAUGUUGAAAGAAUUUGAGACUCGAAAACCCCAAUAUGAACAACUAAAUCAAGCAGCACAAGGACUGUGUGCACCUGGAGAUAUAUCUGCUUCUGACAGACAGCUGAGAGAUCAGCACGGAGCCAUCAAUGACAAAUGGAAUAAACUUACCAAUCAGCUCAGUGGCCGUUCCAGUCAUAUUGAUCAAGCCAUAGCCAAGAGUACGCAAUAUCAGGAGCUACUGCAGCAACUCACUGACAAAGUCAGGAUCCUCUGUGAUAAACUAAACAGCCAAUCUGUGAUUAGCACACAGCCAGACAUUGUCAAGCAACAACUCGAAGAAACCAGCGAAAUUCGUUCAGAUUUGGAACAGCAAAAGGAACAGAUUGAAGAGGCACAACUUCUCUGUGAUGACCUGUCCUCCCUCAUUGGUGAACAGUAUUUAAAGGAUGAGCUUCGGAAGCGUCUGGAAGCUGUCCUGAUGCCAUUUAAUGGUCUUGAAGAGAGAGCAGGUGAUCGUAUAAACCAACUUCAAACAACUCUGGCCAGUUCUCAGCAAUUCCAACAAACCUUUGAUGAACUUAAGAUGUGGCUAGAUGGUAAAUGUAGUGAACAUGCUCAGAGGUCUCCUGUGUCUGCAAACCUUGAUGUUUUACGGUCUCAGAUAAGUGAGCAGGAGGAGUUCCAGAAAAGCCUGAAUCAGCAUUCGGGCUCAUAUGAGAUGAUUCUUGCUGAAGGGGAGUCUCUAUUUCGAAGUGCCCAACCUGGAGAAGAAAGGGUAAGCCUUCAGAGUCAGUUGUCAACCCUUAAAGGACAGUGGGAUGAGCUAAGCAAACAGGUAGCAGGCAGACAUUAUAAUCUCAAAGACUGCCUUCAGAAAGCACAAAAGUACAGACAGUAUGUGGAGGACUUGCUCCCAUGGAUAGAAGAUUGUGAAUUUAAAACUGAAGAACUGAUGAUCACCAUUGAUCCAGCACAACUAAAUUCCUCUUUAGCUAGUGCUAAGGAUCUACACCAUGAUGUGGAGAAACGACGUUCACUGCUGGAGAUGAUGAACACUGCUGCUGACAUCCUUGUAGAUUCCUGUCAGAUCAAUGAAGAAGAUAUUAGGGAUGAAAAAGCAGGUAUAAACCAAAGGAUGGACCUUAUUACAGAGCAUCUUCAAACCAAGAGUGAAUCAAUUGAAGAAAUGGCUCAAAGGUUAAAGGAGUUCCAGGACUCCCUUAAAAACAUUCAGAAGAAACUUGAUGGCACAAAACAACAGCUUGAAAUUUAUGAUGCUCUUGGACCACAAGCCUACAGUAAUAAGAACUUGGAAAAGCUGAGGACACGGCAGGAAUCUCUUCAAAUCUUAGAGCCACAAGUGGAAUAUCUGAGAGACCUCGCCCAAGGUCUAGUACAAGAUGCUCCUGAUGGUGCAGAUUCAUCACAGCUCCUACAGCAAGCAGAAGUAGUUCAGCAAGAAUAUGGUGAUGUAAAACAGAGAGUAGAUGAAAGUUGUUUGUCAAUGGAAAGCAAGCUUCAAGGAAUUGGACAUUUCCAGAACCAUGUACGAGAAAUGUUUUCACACCUUGCUGAUCUGGAUGAUGAACUGGACAGCAUGAGUCCUGUUGGGAGGGACCUGGACAGCCUGCAAUCACAAACUGAUGAUAUUAAGCAAUUUAUGAGCAAACUUAAAGAAUUAAAGAAAGAUAUUGAAACUUCAGAAAAGGAAUGCAAGCAGAUGCUGGAGGUGGAAGGCAGUCCAGAUCUACAAGGGCUGAAACGAGAGCUUGAAGCCUUGAACAAACAAUGUGGUAAGCUAUUGGAGCGGGGGAGGAACAGACAAGAGCAAGUAGAAAUGACUGUUUCACGUGUUGAAGAUUUCUAUGAAAAACUCAAAGAAUUGAAUAGCCUCCUAACCAAAACAGAAGAGGGUGAAGAAUUGCAAGGGAAUGUGGGAACAGAAGUUGAUGUCAUCAAUCAGCAAUUGGCAGACUUUAAGACAUUCCAGAAAGUUCAGGUGGACCCUAUCCAGUACAAACUUCAACAGGCUAAUGGGGUGGGACAGGGUCUUAUUCAGAGUGCUGCGAAGAAUGCCAACACCCAAGGACUUGAACAUGAUCUGGAUGAGACGAACACCAGAUGGAACACACUCAAUAAAAAGGUGGCAGAACGUAUAUCCCAGUUACAAGAAGCGCUCUUGCACCGUGGAAAAUUCCAGGAUGCUUUGGAGCCUUUGUUGAGCUGGCUUACGGAUACUGAAGAACUGAUUGCCAAUCAGAAACCUCCAUCAGCAGAAUACAAAGUGGUGAAGGCACAAAUUCAAGAACAGAAGCUCCUGCAAAGACUACUGGAUGAUCGCAAAUCCACAGUGGAGAUUAUCAAGGCAGAAGGAGAGAGGAUAGCAGAAUCAGCAGAAACUGCCGAAAAAGAAAAGAUCCAGAAACAACUGCAGAGUCUUGGGGAGAGAUGGGAUGGCUUGCUCAGCAAGGCUGCAGCAAGGCAGAGGCAGUUAGAGGAUAUCUUGGUUAUUGCAAAGCAGUUCCAUGAGACAGUGGAGCCCUUGAAUGAGUGGUUGAUCAGCAAGGAGAAGAAAUUGGCCAACUCUGAACCUGUAGGAACACAAACUGCUAAAAUUCAUCAGCAAAUCAUACGUCAUAAGGCCUUAGAGGAUGACAUCACAAACCAAAGUCAGAACAUCCAACAGGCAGUCAGUGUCGGACAGUUUCUCAUGACGUUGAGCGCAAAAGCAGACCAGGAGAUGGUAGAGGACAAAUUGGAGUCUAUCCAGACUCAGUAUAGGGAGAUUGGGGACAGGUGCAGCAGAAAGGCAGCCCUGCUCCAGCAAGCCCUUGCCAAUGCCAAGAUCUUUGGAGAGGAGGAGGUGGAGGUGUUGAAUUGGCUGGCUGACGUUCAGGACAAGCUCAGUCUGGUGACCAUCAAAGAUUACAAAUCCGACAUCUUGCAUAAACAACACGCAGAGCAGCUGGCUCUGAAUGAUGACAUUAUAUCCCGGAAGAAGAAUGUAGAUCAAGCCAUUAAAAAUGGACAGGCCUUACUGAAACAAACUACAGGUGAAGAAGUAAUAAUAAUUCAGGAGAAAUUGGAUGGUAUUAAGAGUCGUUAUGCGGAAAUUACUUCUUCUAGUUCCAGGGCGCUGAAAGCAUUAGAGCAGGUUCUGCAGCUUGCCACAAAAUUCCAGGCUUUUAAUGAAGAACUGUGUGGCUGGCUUGAUUUAGUGGAAGCCGAGCUUGCUGCAGACACUCCGCAGUCACCAGUUGGAGAACAGAUUCCCCAGGUUCAUGAAAGACAGAAGGAGUUGAAAAAGGAAGUAAUGGAAUACCGGCUAGUUCUGGACACAAUUAAUGAAGUGAGCAAUGCAUUGCUGGAACUGGUGCCAUGGAGAGCUCGAGAAGGUCUGGAUCGGCAGGUUGCAGAAGCCAAUGAACGAUACAAAACUGUCAGCGACACUGUAACACAGAAAGUUGAAGCAAUAGAUGCUGCCAUUCAGAGGUCACAACAGUAUGAGCAGGCCGCUGACUCCGAGCUUACCUGGGUGGCAGAAACCAUGCGAAAGUUGACAGCCUUGGGCCCGAUAAGGCUGGAACAAGAUCAGACAACAGCUCAACUACAGGUGCAAAAGGCCUUUUCAAUAGACAUCAUAAGGCACAAGGAUUCCAUAGAUGAAUUGGUCAACACCCAAGAAGAAAUCUUGAGUACCUGCGGCGAUGAACAGAAGACUAUGUUGCAGGAGAAGAUGGACUUGUUGCAGCAGCAGUAUGAGACUGUCAGUCAAAUGAACACUGAAAGAUACUCCCAAUUAGAAAGGGCUCAAGUCCUGAUUAACCAGUUCUGGGAAACGUAUGAGGAGCUGUGCCCAUGGCUUGAUGAGACCAGAACUCAUAUCUCACAGCUCCCACCACCAGCUGUUGACCAUGAGAUGCUGAAACUACAACAGGAAGAAAUGAGGCAACUUCGUGAAUCAAUCUCUGAGCACAAGCCUCAUAUCGAUAAAUUGAUGAAGAUUGGCCCUCAGUUGAUGGUGUUGAAUCCUGAUGAGGGCAAAAUGGUUCAUGAAAAAUACACCACAGCUGAAGCACUUAAUGCUAAAAUAAAACAGGAUGCAAGACUGCGUGCUUUGGCAUUGGAUGAAGCUAUUUCACAGUCUGCUCAGAAUGCCGAGUUCCAUGAUAAGAUUGAUCCAAUGUUAGAGUCUCUGGAACACAUUGCUGAUCGGAUGCGGAUGCCUCCAUCGAUACCUGCCGAGGUUGAGAAGAUCAAAGAGCACAUCAACGAGAACAAAAAUAUUGCAAUGGAGCUAGAAAAGCUUCAGCCUUCCUUUGAAGCUCUUAAACGUCGUGGUGAGGAGCUGAUUGGACGAUCAACUGGAGCAGAUGAGGAUCCUGCAGCUAAAGCCAUUCAAGACAAAUUGGAUGAGAUGGUAUUUUACUGGGAAGACAUCAAAGCUCGUGGUGAAGAGAGGGAUAUUAAACUUCUAGAUGUGCUUGACCUGGCUGAAAAGUUCUGGUGUGACAUGGCUGCUCUGCUGACCACCAUUAAGGACACACAGGAUAUAGUGCGAGACUUGGAGAGUCCUGGUAUUGACCCCUCAAUCAUUAAACAACAACAGGAGGCUGCAGAGACAAUUAAAGAGGAGACGGAUGGGCUCCAUGAGGAACUGGAAUUUGUCCGAAUUCUGGGAGCAGACCUCAUAUUUGCUUGUGGAGAAUUUGAAAAACCAGAAGUGAAGAAAAGCAUCGAUGAGCUCAAUUAUACUUGGGAUAACCUGAACAAAGCAUGGAAGGAGCGAAUGGACAAACUGGCGGAGGUCAUGCAGGCAGCUGUGCAAUACCAAGAUUCAUUGCAAGCAAUGUUUGACUGGCUGGAUAACACUGUAAUAAAACUUGGUGAAAUGUCUCCAGUUGGCACAGACAUCAACACGGUGAAACAACAAAUAAACGAAAUGAAGGAAUUUAAAAUGGAGGUCUACCAGCAGCAAAUAGAGAUGGAAAAACUGAACCACCAGGGGGAGCUACUGCUUAAGAGAGCCUCAGAUGACACGGACCGAGACCUAAUUCAACAGCCACUCACUGAGCUCAAGCAUCUCUGGGAGGAUCUGGGAGAAAAGAUUAUUCUCAGACAGCACAAAGUGGAGGGUGCCCUGCUGGCACUGGGUCAAUUUCAACAUGCAUUGGCUGAACUUAUGACUUGGCUGAAUCAUACAGAGGAGCUAUUGGAUGGACAGAGGCCAAUUACUGGGGAUCCAAAAGCCAUAGAAAUCGAACUUGCCAAGCAUCAUGUCUUGAAGAAUGAUGUGCUUGCCCACAAGUCAACAGUCGACACAGUAAAUAAAGCUGGGAAUGAACUUCUAGAAUCAAGUGCAGGGGAGGAUGCCAGUAACCUAAAGCGUCGACUAGAUAAAUUAAAUCACAGCUGGCAGUCGUUGCUUCAGAAAACUGAAGGGAGAGAGCAGCAACUGGAGGCUGCUCUGCAGCAGGCUGAAGGAUUUCAUGGAGAGAUUGAGGAUUUUUUGCAGUGGCUCAGCCGAGUUGAGAAUCAGUUGGCAGCAUCUAAAUCCACUGGAGGCUUACCUGAGACAGCCAGGGAGCAACUCAAUGUCCACUUGGAGCUCCACAGAGAGUUUUGUGCUAAUGAGGAGACAUACAAGAACUUGAAUGAGAAAGGCCGGCUGUUGUUGAGCACUCGAGAUGAUGCUGCAGGAUCUAAUGUUGAACAGUGUGUCGCGUUAUUAGAACAGAAGUGGCAAUUGAUGAGCACAAAGAUGGAGGAAAAGAAGACCAAGCUAGAGGAGGCUCUCAAUCUCGCAACAGAGUUUCAGAAUUCCUUGCAGGAUUUCAUUAAUUGGCUUACUCAAGCAGAGCAAAGUCUGAACAUCGCAGCUCCUCCCAGUCUUAUAGUCGACACAGUCCUUUUCCAGAUAGAUGAGCACAAGAUUUUUGCUAAUGAAGUAAAUUCUCAUCGUGACCAAAUCAUUGACCUGGAUAAAACUGGAAACCAGUUGAAGUUUCUCAGCCAAAAACAGGAUGUGGUUCUGAUAAAGAACCUUCUCUUCAGUGUGCAGUCACGUUGGGAGAAAGUGGUACAGCGCUCUGUCGAAAGAGGGAGAGCACUUGAUGAAGCCAGAAAACGCGCAAAGCAGUUCUAUGAAGCCUGGAAAAAAUUGAUUGACUGGCUUGAGGAGGCGGAAAACAAUCUGGACACUGAUCUUGAAAUUUCCAAUGAUCCAGAUAAAAUUAAAUUGCAGCUGUCAAAGCACAAGGAUUUCCAAAAAUCUCUUGGUGGGAAACAGCCAGUGUAUGACACCACAAUCCGCAUGGGCCGGUCCAUGAAAGAUAAGGCCUCGCUUACAGACGACUGUCAGAAAUUGGAUAAUCUGCUGGGAGAAGUGCGAGAUAAGUGGGACACUGUCUGCGGCAAAUCUGUUGAGAGGCAGCACAAGUUGGAGGAGGCCCUCCUGUUUUCUGGACAGUUUACUGAUGCGCUCCAGGCUCUAGUUGAUUGGCUAUAUAAGGUCGAACCACAAUUAGCUGAGGAUCAGCCUGUUCAUGGAGAUCUAGAUCUAGUGAUGAACUUGUUGGAUGCUCACAAGGUUUUCCAGAAGGAACUUGGUAAGCGCACCAGUAGUGUACAGGUGCUAAAACGGUCAGCUCGUGAAUUAAUUGAAAAUAGUCGCGACGAUACAACUUGGGUGAAAGUUCAACUGCAGGAACUGAGCAUACGGUGGGACACAGUCUGUAAGCUCUCUGUUUCUAAACAGACGCGACUAGAGCAAGCACUUAAGCAGGCAGAGGAGUUCCGCAAUGCUGUCCAUGCUCUCCUGGAGUGGCUUUCUGAAGCAGAGCAGUCACUUCGAUUCCGAGGAGUUCUACCAGAUGAUGUGGAGGCUCUGCAGUCCUUGAUAGAUUUACACAAGGAAUUCAUGAAGAAUGUGGAGGAGAAGCGUGUAGAUGUAAAUAAAGCAGCUGGAAUGGGAGAGGCCAUACUAGCAGUGUGCCACCCAGACUGUGUGACCACUGUCAAACACUGGAUCACGAUUAUCCGAGCCCGCUUUGAAGAAGUAUUGACAUGGGCAAAACAGCACCAGCAACGAUUAGCAACUGCACUGUCAGAGUUGGUCACCAAUGCUGAAUUAUUGGAUGAGUUGUUGGCCUGGCUACAGUGGGCUGAAACUACGCUUGUACAGAGGGAUCAAGAGUCUAUGCCAAAAGACAUUGAACAAGUCAAAACACUCAUCACAGAGCACCAGUCUUUCAUGGAAGAAAUGACACGGAAACAACCAGAUGUGGAUAAAGUAACAAAAACAUACAAGCGGAAAGCAGUAGAACCGUCACACGUGCGAGGAAGAAAACCUCUAAAUCAGAUGACGAAUCCACCUGCACCCACUGCUAUCCUGCCACAGACUGAAGCAAAGAACCCCCGGAUAAAUCUCCUUUCUGGCAGGUGGCAACAAGUCUGGUUACUGGCACUGGAGAGACAGCGCAAGCUGCACGACUGUCUGGACCGGUUGGAGGAAUUGAAAGAAUUUGCCAACUUUGACUUUGAUGUUUGGCGGAAGAAAUACAUGCGAUGGAUGAACCAUAAGAAGUCCCGCGUAAUGGACUUUUUCCGACGCAUUGAUAAGGAUCAAGAUGGAAAGAUCACAAGACAGGAGUUCAUUGAUGGAAUCCUGUCCUCAAAGUUCCCCACCAGCAAACUGGAAAUGACUGCUGUUGCUGACAUCUUCGACCGGGAUGGAGAUGGUUACAUUGAUUACUACGAAUUUGUGGCUGCACUUCAUCCAAAUAAAGAUGCAUAUCGGCCUGUUACUGAUGCUGACAAAAUUGAGGAUGAGGUGACACGGCAGGUGGCACAAUGUAAAUGUGCAAAACGAUUUCAGGUGGAGCAGAUUGGAGAAAACAAGUACAGAUUCUUCCUUGGAAAUCAGUUUGGGGAUUCUCAGCAGUUACGCCUGGUGCGUAUUCUGCGAAGUACCGUAAUGGUCCGUGUUGGAGGAGGAUGGAUGGCAUUGGAUGAAUUCUUAGUGAAAAAUGACCCCUGCAGAGUUCAUCAUCAAGGGAAUAAAUUGUUACGCUCGGAAUCGAAUUCUUCGAUUUCCAGUCAGUCUCCAAUAGCAAGAGGACGAACCAAUUUGGAACUGCGGGAGAAGUUUAUUCUGCCAGAAGGAGCCUCUCAGGGUAUGGCUGCCUUCAGGAUGAAGGGACGCAAAUCAAAGCCUUCUUCCAGGGCUGCAUCUCCAACCCGAUCAAGCUCCAGUGCCAGCCACAGUAACCACAGUUGCACCUCCAUGCCAUCAUCACCUGCAACUCCAGCCAGUGGAAGCAGGACUUCCCAGACCUUCACACGUUGUUAUGACAAACCUUGGUUGACAAACAGUAAAGCUUCUACUCCCACUAAGUGCCUAGACUCCCAUGUGUUCCAGAUCCCAAGCAUUGAGGUGACGCCUGCACAAGGUAGUAAACUCAGACGACCAAGCUACCACUCCAGUAAGGCUUCGCUCACUGGAGACAAUGGCAGCACAUCUGCUGCCACUAAAUCCAGCAAAACUGAUUCUAAAAGGACACCAAGCAGGCCAACAAGUCGGGCUGGGAGUCGCGCUGGCAGCAGGGCAAACAGCCGGCGAGGCAGUGACGCGUCUGAUUUUGACCUUUUAGAGACGCAGUCGAUGUGCUCGGAUAUUUCUGAAUCCAGCACAGCAGGAUCCCAAGCAAGUUCAAGGAAGAGUUCUACAAAACCUUCAAAAAUCCCAACACCCUCAAAGAAAACUACCCCAAAAAACACAAACACCAGAAGAUAAUAUAAAUGAUACUGUUGAAUAGAUAGCCACUUCUCUCUCACACACACACACACACACACACACACACACACACACCCUGUUUUAGAAACCACCAGAUACCAGAUGUAUGAUAUUCUACAAAAAAAAGUACUGUUGUCACCAUUGUAAAAGAUUAAUUGUGGUCUAAUGCUGCCUUAUCAUUGUACCUUAUCUGUUUUUGUUUUUGUAAGUUAAAAGUUUUUUCAUGUGAAUAUUUAUGUAGAUAAAACAUCCAUAUUUUGUUCCCAUGACCUCUGUGUCUGAGGGAAGUGAGAAUGCUUUUAAAAAGAAAGGAAAUUUAAAUGUGUUCAUGUUCUCUUGAAGAUUUGAACUACUGCUUUUUUAAAAACAAACUUGCAUUUAGGAUACAACCCUUUAAAAGAAAACAUGACUUGCUGUGUAAGCAAGACAAAUGCUGCAGUGUUUGUUAGAAAUCACGGAUACCUCACGGAGUAUUUAAAGUGGGAAAAAAAAAUGGAGCGAUGUACAGUUUUACUUAUUUUUAAGAUUGUUCAUUUUUGCCUGCUGAAAGUUACGCAAAUAAUUAUGACAAAAAGUGCACAUGCAAGUUGUAAAAGACUAUUGCUAUCUUGUAAGCAGUAUAAAGGACACUUUAAUAGCAGCUGAUGAUUAUUAUGUGGGCCACACCAGCAGUUGCUAGCGAGGCCUUUUUCUCACUUUUUUAUGCUGCUUUUUGUUCAUUUGAACUGACCACUGGGGCUACAUGAGCAGCCGUAUUUAUAUUCUAUUGAUAUCUAGUCUGACCAUGUCGCUGUGUGAAUCUUCAACUUAAAUUGUACCAAUGAGUCAAACAUUCAUUUUUUGUAUUCAAAAGAAAAUGUGCUUUCAGUAACUUAAAAAAAAAUUAAGUACUGCU